AAAUUGUCCAUUUUGUCAUUUUCAAACGCACUUUCUCCAAGCUUGUCGGGAAUUCGUCAUGGCUUCCCCGAUGCAACUUUCCGCAGCGAGCCUCCAAGCGUACAGCCGCCUACCGCCGCUCCCGCCCGGCCGCCGCCGUUUGAGAAGCCUCAGGCUCCUUUGGAGGUUGCCGGGUUCGUUCUCCAUCAAGGUCAAUUUGUUGACUGUUGGUAGAAUCAGCAGACUCAGGGAUGCGAGGAGCUCGUUACGCUGCCUUUCAAUGGCAAACACCGAAAUCGAGGCGGUCGAAUCCAGGGAGCAAGUUGAGCGCCCGCCCUUCGAUAUCAAUCUCGCGGUUAUCCUUGCUGGUUUCUCGUUUGAAGCCUACACCACUCCGCCCGAGAACAUCGGAAGGCACGAAGGCGAUGCUGCUGGUUGCAAGACAGUGUAUCUCUCGGAGUCCUUUGUCCGUGAAAUAUAUGAUGGUCAGUUACUGAUAAAGCUGAAAAAGGGUAUCGAUUUACCUGCCAUGGAUCCAUGGGGAACUAGUGAUCCAUAUGUGGUCAUGCAAAUGGACGGUCAAAUUGUUAAGAGCAAGGUUAAAUGGGGGACAAAGGAGCCAACCUGGAAUGAGAAUUUCACUUUCAACAUUAAGCUUCCACCAACCAAAACUCUUCAGGUCGCUGCUUGGGAUGCAAACCUUGUGACUCCCCAUAAACGCAUGGGGAAUGUGGGCAUUGGUCUCGAGCUUCUUUGUGAUGGAAAUCUGCAUGAGCUGGUGGUGGAAUUGGAAGGAAUGGGUGGUGGAGGAAAGCUACAGUUGGAGGUAAGAUACAAAAGUUUUGACGAAAUCGAAGAUGAGAAGAAGUGGUGGAGGCUUCCAUUUGUUUCAGAAUUUUUUCGGCAAAAUGGUUUUGGAGCUGCUUUGAAGUCGAUUGUCGGAUCUGAGACUGUGCCAGCGCGGCAGUUUGUUGAAUAUGCUUUUGGGCAAUUGAAGUCCUUUAAUGGAACAUACCUUCAGAAGGAAAAGAGUGCCAGCAGUGACAAGUAUGUCAUUGAGGACAAAUCUAUUGAUUCUAUUGUUGCUUCUGAGAUAAAUUCAGAUAUCAAUGUUAGUUUGUCACGCUCUUUCAAUGACCAAAUCACAAAUGAAGAGAAAAAUAAGGGUGAGGCUUCACUCAAUAAAAAUGGUCUAGAAAAUGGACAUGGACCUAGAGCAGAAAUACAAGUUGGAGAAACUACUCAAUCUGAUAAAAAAUUCUGGAAGGAUUUAAGUAAUGUUAUAAAUCAGAGAAUUGUUCACAAACUUGGACUCCCUGCCCCGGAGAAAGUAAAGUGGGAUGGAAUUGAUCUAUUAAAUAAAAUAGGUUUGCAGUCAAGAAAUAUUGCAGAAGCAAGUUAUGUUGAAUCUGGACUUGCAAGUCCUGAAGGUCAAGAAACUGAUAGUAAUAAAGAGAGUGGCUCUCUUUCAAUUAGUGCGAUACAAUCAUCAAUUCCUGAGAUAAAGAAGGUGACACAGGAUCUGCUACGGCAAACUGAUUCUGUUUUGGGAGCUCUGAUGGUUUUGACUGCAACAGUAUCUGAGUUAAACAAGGAUGGGAAGUUACUAGGAAAAGACGAAUCCAGAAAGCAAGAUGGUAUCUCAACCUAUCUUAAGAGCGAGGAGCUUGUUAGCUUGGAGGACACCUUAUCUUUGGAUGAGAAAAAAGCAGAGGAGAUGAGAGCCCUCUUCUCUACUGCAGAAAGUGCCAUGGAAGCAUGGGCGAUGCUUGCCACUUCUUUAGGCCAUCCCAGUUUCAUUAAAUCUGAAUUUGAGAAAAUUUGCUUUCUUGAUAAUGCCUCCACUGAUACACAGGUGGCAAUUUGGCGAGAUAUUGCAAGGAGAAGAUUAGUUGUUGCUUUCAGGGGGACAGAGCAAUCAAGGUGGAAGGAUUUGCGGACCGAUCUGAUGCUUGCUCCUGCUGGGUUGAACCCUGAAAGAAUUGGAGGAGAUUUCAAGCAAGAAGUUCAAGUGCAUAGUGGGUUUCUAAGUGCGUAUGACUCAGUCAGAAUAAGAAUUAUAUCACUCCUCAAAUUGGCCAUAGGUUUCAGGGAUGAUGCUGGUGAGUCACAGAGCAAGUGGCAUGUGUAUGUCACUGGUCAUAGUUUAGGGGGUGCUCUGGCCACUCUUCUUGCUCUGGAGCUCUCGUCUAGUCAAUUAGCAAAGCGUGGAGUGAUAUCUGUGACCAUGUAUAACUUCGGAUCUCCUAGAGUUGGUAACAAGAGAUUUGCUGAACUCUACAAUGAGAAAGUCAAAGAUAGUUGGAGGGUUGUAAACCAUAGAGAUAUUAUACCAACAGUACCACGCUUGAUGGGAUAUUGUCACGUUGCACAACCUGUAUAUUUGGCUGCUGGAGAUUUAAAUGAUGCGCUGAUAAACAUCGAGCUCUUGGGUGAUGGAUACCAAGGAGACUUAGUUGGAGAAGCCACACCUGAUGUUCUUGUUUCCGAGUUUAUGAAAGGUGAGAAAGAGCUCAUAGAGAAGAUUCUGCAAACUGAAAUAAACAUAUUCCGUUCCAUCAGAGAUGGAAGUGCACUCAUGCAACAUAUGGAGGACUUCUACUAUAUCAACCUCCUAGAGAAAGUGAGGUCAAAUUACCGAACCUCUCAGCUUGGAACAUCUCAAGUUCGUGAGCGGAGUGCCUAAGGUCGGGAUGAUGUUUAGAAGCCCCAGAAUCAAGCUUGUACAUAAACCUUUCCAUUUCUUGUGAAUGGUAUAUACCUGCACCAUGGAGGAUGGAAAGAACCAAUGGAGGCAAGGGAAGUGCUGAAGAUAUCAAUAUCAAUUUUACUCGCAGUGUAUUACUGCAUUGUAUAUGCCAGAUACUGCUCUUUGAUAGAAUAUAGUAAUAAAAUUGCGAAUUAUUCCUGUUUGCUUUCUUAGGACCAAGUUAAAUGAAGUCUGUCUAACUCCUCAUGCUCCGCAGCUAUUUGAGAUUUUUGAGGGCAUCACCUUAGGUGGUUGGAUCCUCUUCGGACUAGACUGUUGUACUCUUGAACACUACGUUUACAGUGCAGAGAUUCUCGGUUUUGGUGUAGGAGCAGCAAUCAAGCUAUGUAGAUUAAUACGGAGGUCUCUGUACUUUUCAUCAGUCGGAAAUCCCUUGCCAAUUGUUACAACUUGUAGACGGUAUUUUGGUCU